CGCAGAGGGCACACCCCGCAACACAAAGCCGAUAUCUCCACAAGGGGCUGUUAAUACCGCCCGGCAAGGGUGCAGAGAGGGCAAAAAAGAAAGAAAAAAAAUGUGACUGGGGCAUGCGACGAGGAGACCCUUCAGCCGGUUGCUCAUUUACCCUCGCGGACUUUGUGCCAGCUCCGUUACGAGCCAAGGCGAGGCGAGAGGCAGGGCAAGGCACAAGCGGCGCUUUGGUUGCAGGGUCCCAAGUCUCCACCAUACCAUUGCUCUUGACGCGUUGGGCGAUUCACAGCACGCGAACUCCAAGAGCCACGCUCCGCAGGGCUCCAGGCGGACCACCGCUCACGAUGACGGUCACAGCAGGAGGAGGCGGUGGCGCCGGUGCGCUGCGCGAGUGCGCGCUCGAGCGCAAGCCGGGCAAGGGCUUCGGCUUCUUCCUGCGCCUCGAGAGCGGCGAGGAGGGCCACCUGAUCCGCGAGGUGGCCAUGGGCAGCCCGGCGCACGGCGCGGGACUGCAGGACGGUGACCGCGUGAUCCGCGUCAACGGCGAGCACGUGGACGGCGGAGACCACGCCAAGGUGGUGGAUCUCAUCAAGAAGAGCGGGGACAAGGUGACGCUGGUCGUCCAGGAUGCCAAGUCCUACAAGGAGCAGCGUGUGGCGGCGGCGGCCACGCCUGCCAAGGGCCCUUCCUCGCAAGGGCCCCGCCCGCGACUCUGCACCCUGCAGCGUAGCAGUGACGGCUUCGGAUUCCACCUCAAGUCCAUUGAAGGUUCAGAGGGCAUGUUCAUCAUGGACGUGAAGUACGGCUCCCCGGCUGAGAAGGCUGGCCUGCGCUCCGAGGACCGGCUGGUGGCUCUGAACGGAGAGGACAUCACGGACCUGACUCACGCCAUCGUCGUGGACAAGGUGAAGCGCGGCGGCAAGACGGUGCACCUCCUCGUGGUGGACAAGGAGGCCAGCGAGCACUUCAAGCGGACGGGCGAGCGGGUGACCGCUGCCAUGGUCGAGCGCGCGUCCCUGCCCCACCAGCCCCGCUCCGUCAAGCUGAAGCGCGCCAGCGACGGAUACGGCUUCUUCCUGCGCGCCGAGCGCGGACGCAUCGGCCACUUCAUCCGCGAGAUCGACGCCAAGAGCCCCGCCGACAAGAUGGGCCUCAAGGACGGAGAUCGCAUCGUGGCGGUGGGCGGUGACGCCGUGGACAAGCUCACGCACGAGGAGGUGGUGGAGCGCAUCCGCAAGGACGGCAGCAGCACCACGCUGCUCGUGCUCUCCGAGGCCGCCGACGCUUUCUACACCAUGCACGGCAUCAACCCCGUGGGCAGUGGAGGGCGAAGCGACGUCGGCGUCUCUGGCAAGGCGGCGUCCCCCGCGGACGCCCAGGAUCUCCGCCCGCGCCUCCGCCGCCUCAGCAAGGGCGCCGACGGCUUCGGUUUCCACCUCUACGGCAUCCGGGGCCAGCCGGGGCAGUACAUCAAGAAGGUGACGCCGGGAAGCCCCGCGGCGCUCGCCGACCUCCACGACGACGACAUGGUGGUGGAGGUGAACGGCCACAACGUGCAGGAGGCCACGCACGCCGACAUCGUCGCCAAGAUCCGCGACGGCGGCGCCAGCGUCGAGCUGCUGGUGGCGAGCCAGGCGGCCGUGCGCCACCACCGGCAGCUCGGCACGGCCAUCACGCGCUCGCUGGCCGCGGGCGGCGAAACGGCCCGGGACGCCGCGGCGGCGGUCGCGGUGGCCGCGGCCGUCGCGGCGGCCGACGCCGACAGCCCCGGGGAGCGGGCCGUCGCGGCGGCCAUGGCGGCCGUCGCGAGCGUGGCGGCCGCGCGCCUGGCCGUCGAGGAGGACGAGGGGGACGCGGGGAUGGCGGCCGCGGUGCUGGCGGCGGCGGCGGCGGAGGCCGGAGACGACACGAACGACGCCCACGAGCGGGCGGCGGCCGCGGCCAUCGCAAGCAUCGCCGCCCUCGAGCUGGCCGAGCACGACGAGGAGGAGAGCUCCGAGUCGGAGGGCGACGACGAGGACAAGGAGGAGGAGGCGGAGCGGCAGAGGAAGGAGGACGCGGCGCAAGCGGCCGCGGUGGCGAGCAUCGCGGCCAUCGCCGCCGAGAAUCUGAUGGCCAGGAGCGGUGGCGGCAGCGACAGCGAGGAGGAGGAGAAGGAGGAGGAGGAGGUGAUCCGGGCCGUGGCGGUGGCUGCCGCUGCGGGCGUGGCCGCGGAGGUGCUGGCGCGGGGCGGGGAUGCGGACGAGGCCCGCGCGGCCGGGGAGGCGGUGGCGGCGGUGACGGCGGCCGUGGCGGAGGCGGCCAAAGAGAAAAGUGACGACGAGGGCGACUCCACCUCGGAAGACGGAGAUUCUUUCCUUUAAACUAAAUUUCGGGACGGUCCCAGUCAUUUCCCCUUUCGUGAUUGUCGAAUGGAUGUAAAAAUAAUUGCAGUAUUGUCAAAAAAAAUAUGUACAUAGUUGCUCUGCAGAUUUUCAAUUUGUACGAUUGUUUUUUUUUUGCCGUCCUCCAAUUUGUAGAAUGGUGGGGAAAUUAGUUUGAUUUUUGUUAUUUGACACGUGAAUUAAAAUUAGCAACCUGAAUUUUGUUUCUUAAUUGAGGUUCACGAACGAUUUAUGCACGAUACAAAAGUAACACGAAAUGACCCGCCAUCUUUUUUGAUUGCUCAAAUAUCACCUUCUGAAAGUCCAGAUUCAAAUGACAAAUGUGUAACAUUUUCAACGAAAAUUAUACAAAAACUGAACGGUAAUCUGAACAUUUGCGUUCAGGAGCAACAACUGCAUUCAUUUGAACUCGUUGUGCCUUCCCCAAGCGGCGAGUUCACUCAUUUAUGCAAAUUCCCAAGCAGGGCGCUAACGGACCAUGAGUGUUGUCGACUGCUCGUGAUAUCACACUCGCAGGAGAGAGAAAAAACAAAUACAUUGGGACAGCUAACAACAAAAACAAAACUCUAAAUCGGCCACAUCACGUCGACUGGUUGAGAAAAAAAAACUAUACAGGAUAGGAGCAAGACGAAUUGUGGGGAGGCCUUCAUCCAGCAGUGGAUAGACCAGGACCGAUUACCGGUGAUAUCCAUCAGCAGCGCAGCAGGGGAAAUCGAUGUAUAUUGACCGUAGGAGGCGUAUCGUUGGGUAUAGUUUUUUUUUUUAAAGCGGCUCGCCAACAACGUUGCUUCUGCGUCGCACAAAAAUGCGCUUUCAAAACAAAAAAAACGUUGGCUCGGCGUGGUGAGCGUGCACACGGGAUUUGGAAAAAAGAACCGUAUGAAUAAGCAACGUAAUAAAUACAUCUAUCGACGAA